AUGUUUGUGAUUGCCCGCGGGGUUCUAGGCUGUGGAAAAGUCUUCCUUGGGGCAUCUGGCUCCCCCUUGAUCACGGAGAUUGCACACCCAGCACACCGAACUUCAACAACAGCUAUGUUCAACACAACCUACGCCCUCGGAGCAAUUGUUGCGGCCUGAAACAACGAAGCGCUUGAAAUCCUUGGUAAAUACCAUGCGGAAGGCAACACGGAUGAUGCACUUGUUCGUUUUCAAUUCAAUGAAAUCCAAGAGGCUCUCCAAUACGAACGCAGUGCGAGAAAGUCUACCUGGAUCCAGAGUUAUUUGCAGUUCACCCGUUCUCGUGGAGAUCGGAAGCGCUUGUUUAUUUUGUUCUGGAGCGCGUGUUUCGCCCAGAUGUCGGGAAACGCCGUUAUUUCAUACUACCUUUCGCCAGUUCUCUCGAGUGUCGGAUUGACAAGCAGUCUAAAACAAACGUUUAUCAACGCAACCCAGCAGAUGCUUUCAUGGUUUUCCUGUUUAUACUUCGCCACUCUUCCCAAUAAGCUUGGACGUCGAGUUCUAUUCCUUGGUUCGGGAGGGAGCAUGUUCCUUUGUCUCAUUGAUAUCACCGUUGGGAGUGCUGUGUUCGCCCAAGAUUCUUCGAACAAAGCUGCAGGUGGCACAGUGGUUGCAUUUCUAUAUCUCUUUUCGCCAUGUUAUAAUUUUGGGAUAAAUGGCAAUCUCGGGCUCUAUAUCGCGGAGACCCUGCCUUUCCAUCCUCGCAUGAGGGUUCAGGCUUUGUACCACUUCUUCGCCACUUGCUUCACCCUACUAGCGACCUACGCGUUUCCUAUUGGACUCGAAAAUAUCGCAUGGAAGUUCUAUACGAUCUUCAUUCCGUGGGUUGCCAUCGAGUUUAUUGUGGUAUGCUUCGUCUAUCCGGAAACCAAGGGAUACUCACUUGAAGAAAUCGCCACAAUAUUUGACAAAGAGCCCAGCUCCUCUUGGGAAUGA